AAACUAUUAAUUCAUUAAAGAUACAAUAGUGAAAGCAAUUAAUUUUAAUUGAUGAACACUCCAUGCAAGCACUUUGUUGAUGCUGUAAACAAAACACAUGAUAAAGCACGAAGUCUGAAAUGUGGAUCAAAGUCGAAUGUUAGAAAGAUCCUUCUUAAAAAAUAUGACACAUAUUUUGUUUGAUUUGUUACUCGCACUGAGCUUAUACCACACUGUACAUACUUUAAGUAAUACUUUAAAUCAACCUCAUGGAAGUCUUAACGUCACAAUUCCGACGAAAACAACAGCAACAACAACAACAACGACAACAACAACGACAACAGCGACAACAACAACAAAAAAAAUGCCCCGAUCAAAAUAUGCGUUUGUCUCUCAAUCAGUGAAAAAUAUCUACAACAUCACUACCUUCAUCGGUGGAAAAUCUCUGCUGGAUUGUGAAAUCAUGUCUGUUUAUCAGAGACCUCGGAUAACGUGGAUUAAAGAUAGUAAACCGCUAAAAGAAAGAAAUUUUAGGUUUUACUACGAUGAUCAUCUAAACACAACAUUUUCCUUGAAAUUUGUAAACAUGAUGCUGACUGAUGUAGGAAAAUAUGAAUGUCUUGUUGGAAAUAAAAAUGAAGUGAAAAUCAAGAAAACCUUUCAUAUUGUAAUAAAUGAACCAGAGAAGAAUAAAAAAUUAUUUGUCAAAUCGUUGGAGCCAAGAGAUAGUGUGAUAGAAGUUGGAGAAACAAUAAAGUUGACAUGCAAAGCACGUGGUGGAAACGAUAUCCCUAAAUUUUUCAGAUGGGACCGCAAACCAACGAAAAAUGGAAAAGAUAAAUCUGAAACUUUAAAAGUUGACCAAUGUUCCGGGUCUAGUGUUUUGGAAAUAAACAAUGCAGCGGUAGGUGAUUCUGGUGUAUAUCUUUGCUUCAUUUCAAAUCGAAGAGGAUAUGUGGUUGUCAGCACAAGAGUUACAGUCAAGGAAUCAUCACCAAAUUAUUUGGCAAUUAUUGUUCCCAUUGUAUCAAUCAUUCUUGUCGUAAUUCUUGGUGUAGUAAGUGUGUUCUUAUGGAGAAUAUAUAAAAGGCGUGGACGAAGAAAAAGAACGCAUUCCUAUCAUUAUACAAGCACAUCUGAUAGCUGAUUGGCCAAUGAUGAUGUAAGCCAAGAGUGUAUUGGCUAAUGCAGAUGUACGACUCGUUUAAAGAGUGAUAUAGCUUCUUUAAAAAUUUAGACAAACGUCAAGAAGGAGGAAAGGAAAGAACGGAAGGGAAAAUUGGAUCCGACUGUUACACACAAAAAAGUGUUUUUACAUAGUAGUAUAACAAGAAAUUGUAGAAUUUUUUGUACAUAAGUUAAAUAAAUAUUUAUAUAAUAAUCAGUAGUGCAGGCGAUAUCUAUCGGCGAAAGUGAAAAUUUGGACCAAACGGGAUUCGAACCAGAGACCAUUAGGUUAGCGGACCACUGCUUUUCCAACGGAUCUAUCGGUUUAACAGUGAGACGAGUUUGCAAUUGCAUUUUCUCUCAUUACAGUCGCACCAGGGACAAGCUUUCACUUCCACCAAUCACGGCCACCUACCAAGCUGCGUGUUUCAGUACAUUACCUUUUUCAGCCCAUAUAUACUUUUGUCUUUUGUGGGUACAGUUAUAUACACGGAUUUAGAAUAAAAAAUAUGUAUGUAAAAUUAUUCUCUUUAAAUUUCACAAAUUCAAAAAAUUA